AUGGGUUUUUACGAAGAUGUUGCCAGAACCUUUGGACAGGCAGCAGUGAAGAACUUGGAAGUAUGGGCCACUACUAACACCAAGCUCAGUCACUACAGGAACAGGAGAGUUUACUUAUUACAGUGUAAGAAACAUGGCAUCUUCCCCAAACAUAUAGGUGAUAACACUAAGAAGCUAUAUACGAAUCUUAACAUGCAAAGUGUUGGCGCUAGCGCACAGGUGGAGAACAUGAAUGUCAAUUUGAAGCUCAGGAUUUUGAAGUUGGAGAUUAGGUUGACUAUUAAGUAUAUUGGACAUCUAGAGAAAAUAAUUUCAAAACAUUCAGCUGAGGCUAUAGCAUCUCUUCCAGUUUCUUUAGUUAAUGAAUUUCAACAGCGUCUCAAGAAUUCGUAUGAUAAAGAGUUCCGAAAAAUAAAAAACAGAAAUCUCAAGAAAUUUAACAAUAUUAAAUCUGAUAUAAUUAAGUCUUUAAAAAUUAAAGAUUCUUGGUUGAGGAAUUUGACCGAUGUAGUGGUGCCUGAUAGUGUUAAGUCCAUUUUAUCUUUGGGCCCCAAAUUUGCUAUAAAACCGAGCAAUAAUGAAAUUUCAAUUAAAAAAUUACUUGCUGUAGCGGAGACUGCUGUGCAAUAUGCCCCUACUGACCAACAAAAUCUUAUUAGAGCAAAAAUCACUAACAUUGUUACGAAUUAUUUCUAUAAGAAUGAAGGUAUGUCAUCUGUUUACAAUCAUCUAUAUUUGGAGGCAAGGAACUUCUUGAAAACUAACCCAGAAUUAUUAGUGUGUAGAUCUGACAAGGGCAAUGUCACGGUACUCAUCACUAGUGCCCAGUACCAUGAAAAGGUUAUGGAACUUUUGAAUGACAGUAAUGUAUAUGAAGUAUUGCCUCGCGACCCAACCUCUAAUAUAAUACGAAGGAAUAAUGACAUCUCUAAACGCCUUAAAGAACUAGGAUACAUUACUCCUAGGGAAUGUAAAAAUAUCAAUACAUACAAGGCUCUUCCGCCAAAUUUUUACAUCUUAAUUAAGGUUCAUAAAGAGGGACUUCCGGGUAGACCUAUAGUUUCCUCAAUCAAUUCUCCAACCACAAAACUAAGCGCGUUUAUAACUGAGGUACUUAAGGUGUCGUUCUCUGAUUAUUUUACUUAUUCGGUUAAAGACUCAGAAUCAUUUUGUCAGCUUGUAAAAAACGUGCAACUUCCAGCCGGUUUUGUACUUAUCUCACUUGACGCAGUGUCAUUGUUCACCAAUAUAACUCUCCAAUUGGUUAUCCAACUUUUGGAUGAUAACUGGCAUAUGAUAGCACCGAAUUGCAAUAUUCCGAAGGAUGAAUUCCUCGCUGUCAUCACCUUCCUCUUCAGUUCCAAUUACUUUGUAUAUGAUGGAAAGUUCUAUAAACAGAAAGAUGGCUGCCCUAUGGGUAGUAACCCCAGUGCUAUCCUCGCUAUUAUAGUGAUGACUGAAAUUAUUAGGAGAGCCUGUAUUGUUCUUGGAUUCACCCUUCCAUUCAUCUGCCAUUACGUAGAUGAUAUUAUCACGGCUGUUCCUGAGACUGAGAUAGACAGCGUCCGACAACAAUUCAAUCUGGUUUUUGAGGAUGUUGUUUCCUUCACAGUAAAGAGAGAGACCAACAAUGCAGUUCCUUUUCUGGACACCUUAGUCAUUAGAACCCCUGAUAACACAUUAAUCACAGACUGGUACACAAAACCUGCCAGUUCUGGGAAAUUUAUCAACUUCCAAUCGUAUCACUCCUUCAAGGUGAAGACGAACUUCAUUUUGGGCAUGAAAAAAUGA